AUGGAGAAACGCUUGCGUGAGGCAAAACCCCACUGCGACGAGGUGUUCGCUGGCCUCAAUAUCUUUCUGAUCGGGGACGUCCGCCAACUGCCCCCAGUGGGAGACUCUCCGCUGUACUCCGCUAGGCGGGUGGCCGACGUGGCCGCGCACGGCAAGAUGGUCUACAGGACUUUCAAUAAGUCCUUUAUCCUAACCGUGUCCCAGCGACAGGCCGACGUCACAUUCCGUGAUGCACUCGACCGGCUGAGUGUUGGCACGACGACGCCGGCCGACUAUGCCAGGUUUGGAGAGCGCUUCAAACUGAACGUCCCCGUCGCCGAGCGGGAGGAGUUCAAGGACGCGACGCGCCUGUACACCACGCGAGACGAGGUGGCCGCGCACAACAUCAAGAAGCUGCAGGAGCUGGACAGCCCCGUGGCGCGUCUGCCCGCCAAGCACAACAACGCGACGGCCAAGCGCGGGUCCGCUGACGACGCGGCCGGCCUGGAGCCCGUCGUGUACCUGGCCAAGGGCGCCAGGGUCAUGCUGCGCAGCAACAUGUGGCUCGAGACGGGUCUCGUGAACGGCGCCACCGGCACAGUGGUAGACAUCGUCUACCAGCCGGGCCGGGCCCAGCCCGAGGACCUGCCCGCCGUGGUGAUGGUCAAGUUCGACAACUACACCGGCCCCACCGUGGCCGACGGCUUGGUGCCCGUGCCCACGCUGGUACACACGUGGGACCACGAGCAGGUCGCCUGCAGCCGAGAGCAGGUGCCGCUGUGUCUAGCCUGGGCCGUCACGGUGCACAAGUCCCAGGGCCUCACUCUGGAUCGCGCCGUGGUCAGUGUGGGGCUCAGGGACUUUGCAGUGGGUCUGAUGUACGUGGCGAUGUCCCGUGUGAAGUCUUGGGAGGGGCUCUUAAUUGAUCCCGAGUUCGGUCUCAACCGAAUCCUGGACAUCCGGAACAGUCCCGGGUUCCUGGCUCGCGAGGCUGGAGAAAGAGCGAUUGUCAGGAACAGCCGGUAA